AUGAUCCUGACCGGAAUCCUCCGCCACUAUGCGACAGUCCUUAUGAACAACAUGCCCAAGUCGCCAGCCACUCUCGCCGAAUCCCGCGAGCGCCUUGCUCUCCUCCGUGGCGUGAACCUCCGGAACAAUGCCUGCUCCGUGCUCGACCGCGAGUCCUUCGAGACCCGCAAGAACUACAUGAUCUCGGGGUUCCGCAGCGGUGCAUUUUUGAAGGACCCCAAUAACCGGGGUCAGCCGCCCGCCAACCCUAUGACGGACCCUGCCGGCAUGGAAGCUAUGAUGGGCAUGCUGAAGGGAAACAUGAUGAUGAUGAUUCCGCAGACCUUGAUCAUGAGCUGGAUCAAUGCCUUCUUCUCCGGAUUCGUGAUCUUGAAAUUGCCUUUCCCCCUUACUAUUCGUUUCAAGUCCAUGCUGCAGUCUGGUGUCAUGACUCGUGAUCUGGAUGUGCAGUGGGUUUCCAGUCUUUCUUGGUACUUCCUCAACUUGAUGGGCUUGCAGUCCGUUUUUGGAUUCAUCCUCGGCAGCGACAACGCUGCCAACCAAAUGGCCCAGCAAAUGGGAAUGGCCAAUCCCGCCGCAAUGGUCAACCCAUUGCAACCCGGCCAAGACCCCGACAAGCUGUACUUGAACGAGGCAGAGAACUUGGAAGUCAUGGAGCACUUCUGCAUUUUGGAAGGUGUCGAGGAACGAAUUUUGCAGAACUUUGCUCCUGCUGGAAUCUAA